GAGGGAUUCUCCAUAGGGAAUCCCCCUCAGAAAUAGCAGCGCAGACGUGUCUGCACAUUGCUGGGUAGACGUGGGUAGCAGUGCAGACGUGUCGGCACAUUGGUGGGUAGAGCUCCCUCUCUCUUUCCGUAUAUAAAUACGCCUGGUAAGUCUUCCUCAGCCUUUAGUUUCUCCCUAGUCAAUAGAAAGACGGUCUACUGUCACCUGCCACUGUCAGUCAUCCACGAAAAUGCUCCGUUUCGCAGACACGACACUAAAUUUCAAUUGGCUGCCAGCUGUCUGAGAGCAGUUACGUCUGCGCUCCACCGAUAUCCCAUUGGAAUAGAGUGCGCUACGCAGUCUGGAAUUCCCAAAGUUCCGAAGUUCGUGAAAGGAGAUCCUUACGAAUAGAUCACAAAAAAAAGUAUUUUCAGUCAUUUAAAACUGAGAAGCCGUUUUUGUAACACGGUGCUGUCGAUAUCCACGUGGGGGCGAUGUCUGACCACAGCACCGGCAGCAGUGCGUCCUCAACAAAUAGCUGGACUAUCCUCUCCCCAGAGGAGGCUGCUGUUGAAACAGUAGGACCUGAGGAUGGGACUGAAAGUCUUAGUGGAGUUCCAGGGCUGCCAGAGGAAGGAACAGCAGGUGUUCUAAUGGAGAGUGAUGUGAGUGUAACAGAUGCCCUAGCAGAACCAGUGUUGUCAGAAGAGGGCCACCAGGUCUGCCAGGAAACCUCCCCAGUGAUAUGUGAGGCAGCGGCCUUCGUAGGCCCCUCCUUCUCGGGGUUCGACGAGGAGGAGUUUGACCCAGAGAUCCACGCUCCCGUCAUCCAUGACACCAUCACCAGCUCACCACCCGACAGCGACCUGUUGGGCUCCACCCCUUUUGCCAUGACCUCGGAAGCAUCCAUGCUCUUCUCCGAGGAGCCCUCCUUCGUCCCGCCCUCUUCUGACAUGUUUACUGACAUUGGCUAUGGCCAUGAAAGCCCCAUGGAAGAAAUCCUCGCCCAGGAAAGCUGCACCCCUGAAGUCCUUUCAGAGGAAAGUAUGUCCCCUGAAGAAAGCCACACCCCUGAACCCUUUCCUCAACAAAACUCCGCCCCUGAAGGUCUCCUCCGGCAAAGCCCCUCCCCUGAAGGUCUUCCUGAAGAAAGCCCUGCCCCUGAAGUUGUUGCUUUAGAAACUGUCACUCCUGAAACCCUUUCCCCAGAAAGCUCUGCUUCUGAGGUGCCUCUUGAUAGGAGCCCAUCUCCUGACAUCCCUCUCCCAGACGUCCUGGAAGCCUCAGCCCCUGAGGUUCUCACCCAGGAAAGCUCCGUCUCUGAACCACGGUCUGAGAGGAGCCCCACUCCAGAGCCCGUCCCCAUAGAGGUCACCCCUGAUGUCAUCUCGGCUCCUGCCCUUGCGGCCCCUGCUCCUGAGGUCGUUGAGAACCUUAGUCUGUCCAUGCAGGGCUCUCCCCCCGCCGCUGACACUGCUCCCACACCUGAGACCAGACCUGUUGAAGGAAGCCCUGCUCCUGUUAGUCUGGAGCCCGAAACCAUCCCCUCUGCUUCAGCGCAGCAGGAGCACGAGGAGGAGCAGGAGGAGCCAUCGUUGGAGGUGGAGGUGGUUGAAGUGCCUGGGAGAGUGGAACCUGUGGAAGCAGAGCCAGUGGAGGAGGUGGUCAGGACAGAUCCAGCAGCAGAAGGAGACGGCCUGCGCCUGAGGCACACGAUGCCGACUCUAGGCCGAAGCUCCGAGGAUGAAGAGGAAGAGGAAGAGGAGUUCCAGCUGGCCGAGAGGCGGGAGGAGAAACAGGGCUUCUCCCUCAACAAGCUGAUCGUGGGCGCCCUGGUGCUCCUGUGCCUGGGCUCCCUCUUCUUCUCAGAUGACGGCUUUGAUGGCUCAGAAAUGACAGAACAGGAACUCUUGGAAAGACUUGCUCAAGAAAACCAACAGAUAACCAUGCUUGAAGCUCAGCUACAGUCCCAGAAGGAGGAUCUGGACCAGGCUCUUCGAGCUGAGGAGGCAGGGGCUGGAGCGCUGCAGAAAGAAAAUGCAAAACUGAAGGAUGAACUCAGCGCCAUGCCUGGCCUUAGAGAGGAGCUGGAGAGUCUUAGAGCCAGAGUGGCAGAGCUAUCCCAGCUAACAGUUCGGGAGUCAGAAACCACACCCACAUCUACAGACCACGGUCGCACCGCCAGACCAGCCUGAGACAGCAAAUCGGAUCUCUGCUGUGCCAGAGCAGGGGGCGGAGCAGGGAGCGGAGCAGGGAGAUAGAGGAGAUGGCUUGAAGGUGGCGCUUCAGAGGCAGAAGAGCCUCCUGGAGGACAGUCGCAAGCGGCUAGAGGGGAUGAAGAGGUCUGUGGGUAAAAAGAAGGGUGUGAGGGAGGGUCUGGUGGAGAUGCAGAAGAGGCUGAGUGAGCAGGCGGAGCGCCUGGGCAAGAGACACGACUGGAAGAGAAAGCAGCAUG